AGAGACACAGAGAGGGAGGGAGUCAGUGUUAGCAGAGCGCAGACAGAAGACAGGCACUAAAGGAGGCUGUCGGACAGAAACACCACCAUCAUGAGUCAGAAACACAGUGUAGUAUAGAGACACACACACUGAGGAGCAAACAGCAGCAGGACGGUGACUGAAGGAGCCUGUGUUUGAAUCUGUGAGACAGACAGAGAGAGAGAGAGAGAGAGAGAGAGAGAGAGAGAGAGAGAGAGAGAGAGAGAGAGAGAGGCUGCUAUCUCUUGUUCUUCUCCCCGCUGGUGUGAGGUUAUGGCAGGCAUGGCGUCGGAGCCAGGAACCCAGUCCAGAGUGAUGUUUCAGACCAAAGAGGAGGAUCCUGCCCAACGGAAACUGGGCAAACUGACGGUCAAAUACAACCGCAAAGAUCUCCAGAGGAGGCUGGACAUCGAGGAGUGGAUCGAUGGUCAGCUGCACCUGCUGUACGACUGCGAGGACGAGGAGAUUCCUGAGCUGGAGAUCGACAUCGAUGAGCUUCUGGAGCUGACAGAUACAGAGCAGAGAUCUCGACUGCACGAGCUUCUGCAAGAAUGUGGAAAGCCAAAGGAGGACUUUAUCAAUGGUCUGCUGUACAGGAUAAAGGGGCUGAGGAAGAUGUCAGGAUCUCUGAAAAAAUAGUGUAAGAUCAAAGGCUGCAUUUUUCAAGAUAAUGAGAAGCACCAGGCCCCGCCUUUAACCCCGCCCCCGAAACAACAAGCCCCGCCCACACCAUCCAGUCUGUAGAGCACACAUGUGG